AUGAACGGGCUCGAAAUUCCAUUGCCACAGGGUGCGGGCUACGCCGUUGUCGUCGGUCUGGGAUUCGUAUUUGCGUUUGGUAUGAUUUUGACAACUUUCAUGUUGAGAAGGUAUCAAAAAGAAAUCGUCACGGCUGAGGAGUUCGCUACAGCAGGUAGAACGGUAAAAACAGGGCUUAUCGCCGCUGCCGUUGUGUCAAGUUGGACUUGGGCUGCAACGCUGCUGCAAUCGACGUCCAUGGUGUACAAAGUGGGCAUCUCAGGUGGUUACUACUACGGUGCGGGGGCGUGCUUCCAAGUGAUCGCUUUCGCUACGCUGGCCAUCAAGGCUAAACAACGCGCCCCCAACGCACACACGUUUUUGGAAAUUAUCGAUGCCCGGUACGGGAAAUGGGCGCAUUUGACUUAUUUGUUUUUCGCCCUGGCCACCAACAUUCUGGUCACCGCAAUGUUACUAACAGGUGGGUCUGCUGUAGUGACUGCGCUCACUGGUAUGAACACCAUUGCCGCUUGUUUCCUGCUUCCUGUAGGUGUCGUCGUCUACACGCUAUUUGGUGGUAUUAAGGCCACGUUCUUGACAGAUUACGUCCAUACAAUCGUGAUCAUUGUCAUCAUCAUGACUUUUGCAUUCACCGUCUAUGCCACUGACGACACCUUGGGGUCGCCAGCCAAAGUGUACGAUCUUGUCCGUGCUGCUGCGGCCGCUCACCCUGUCGAGGGAAACGCUGGAGGCGAAUACCUGACUAUGAGAUCAAAGUCUGGAGGUAUCUUCUUUGUGAUCAACUUGGUUGGUAAUUUUGGUACUAUUUUCUUGGAUAACGGAUACUGGAAUAAGGCCAUCUCCGCGUCUCCUGCAGCCAGUUUGCCCGGCUACGUCCUCGGCGGUGUCUCGUGGUUUGCGAUUCCAACGUUGAUAUCCACUGUCAUGGGACUUGCCUGUCUGGCACUGGAAUCCAAUCCUAAGUUCCCAACCUACCCCGACAGACUGAGCCCUGAUGAUGUCUCCGCUGGUCUCGUCCUACCGACCGCUGCAGUAACGAUCAUGGGUAAAGGAGGUGCUGUUGCAGCACUCAUAAUGAUCUUCAUGGCUGUCACCUCCGCCAUGUCCGCAGAACUGAUCUCUGUCUCUUCGAUCUUCACCUACGACGUUUAUCGCCGCUAUUUCAACCCAAAUGCCUCAGGUAAAAAGCUUAUCCUUUCGUCUCAUGCUACUUGUGUCUUUUUUGGCUUUGGUAUGGCUGGUUUCUCAGCAGGUCUCUAUGAGGGGAAGGUUAGUAUGGGUUUCCUUUACGAAAUGAUGGGAGUGAUCAUUGGUGCUGCUGUUCUUCCGGCAACUUUAACGCUGUUUUGGGAUAAACAGAAUACUAUCGCAGUCAUUGCAUCGCCUAUUUUGGGUACAGCUCUUUCAAUUAUGUCUUGGUUAGUCUGCACAAAAAAGAAAGCCGGUGUUUUGACGGUCGAUACCACUUUUGAAGACGAUCCAAUGCUAACCGGAAAUGUCGUUGCGUUGCUCUCUCCAGCGGUCUUUAUCCCAAUUUUGACCUACGUUUUCAAGCCUCAAAACUUCAACUGGGAGUUGCUUAAGGUCAUCAAGAGAGCUGAUGAAACGGCUGAGAUUGAGUCUGCAGAGAACGUCAAUGGUAAAGUGCAGGAAGAAUCUGCAGACUCUACCAAUUCGUUAGACAAAGAGAAAUUGCAAGCAGUUAAAUCAAGUGUGUCAGUGGCUCAAGAUGUGCCAAAGGAAAAUAUCGAGGCCAUGGAAAAGGAAGAAGCGCUUCAUUUGGCAAAAGCCGGAAAAAUCGGUUCGUAUCUGACCAUUUUUUUUGCAUUGGCCUUGUUAGUUGUGUGGCCCAUGCCAAUGUAUGGCUCUGGCUAUAUCUUUAGCAAACGAUUUUUCACAGGUUGGGUCGUGGUGCUGAUAAUAUGGAUUUUCUUCACUGGGUUUGCUGUGUGUGUUUAUCCUCUAUGGGAAGGCCGAGAGGGACUGUACACAACGUUCCGGGGUGUCUACUGGGACUUGAGUGGCCAAACAUACAAGCUUAGAGAGUGGCAGAAUGACCACCCCGAGAAAAUGCACGUUGUGCAGUCGCAAAUCAGCGCUAGGUUGCAUUCGCCGCGAGACUCGUUAGAGGGCAACAUCGAUGAAAUUGUCGAGUGA